GGCCACUCAGUUCCAACCAGAAAAGUCAAACUUCCAAGUCAGGGACUUUCGAUAAUUACCUAAACUUAAGUAUCCUUAGCAACCAUUUCCUAUCUUCUAUACACAUGGCGAUUAGCACACGGUGACACAUGGCCUUUUAACUAUUCCUGCAACGAAAAGACAAUCUUAGUCAGACGAACCGUUGCUAGAAGGAAACUUGCGAUGCCUGUCUCAGCGCCACUGCACAUCGUCGCGCGACGAAGUGCAAUAUCAAUCCGCCCCAAGGUUGCUAAGUUAGUGUGUAAAGCUUCGUAUUCUUCCUUAACGACUUUGCCUCGGUCAAGAUGUACCUCUGCAACCUCCCCGGCCGCUCGUCCUACACCCCGCGCUUUCAGCACUACCCCUCGGAGGCGUUUUGCUAGUGCUGAUGACAGUUUUGACCCUAAAACCGUCGAGCGAGAGAGUGACGAGGUGGAUGUUUGUAUCAUUGGCGGCGGGCCGGCUGGUCUCAGCGCUGCGAUACGUCUAAAACAACUCGCCAACGAGAACGGAAAUGAAGAUUUUAGAGUCUUGUUAUUGGAGAAGGCGGGCGAAAUCGGGGCGCACAUCCUUUCUGGGGCGGUCAUAAAUCCAAUUGCUGUCAAAGAACUAUUCCCCGACUGGCUCGACGAGGCGAACGAGAAUAGAUUCGAACAUGCCACACCUGCGACAGGAGAUAAGAUGAGAUUCUUAACUCAAGGUAGCGCGAUACCCUUGCCAGCCCCUCCACAAAUGCAUAACCACGGAAACUACAUCGUCAGUUUAAACCAAUUUACAAAGUGGCUUGGAGAACGAGCGGAAGAGAUUGGUGUCGAGGUUUAUCCUGGGUUUGCUGCAUCCGAAGUGCUCUAUAAACCAGAUGGUUCGGUUCUUGGUGUUGCGACAAAUGACUUGGGCAUAGGGCGAGAUGGGAAACCGAAAGAUAGCUUCGAAAGAGGCAUGGAGUUCCACGCACGUGUUACCUUGUUCGCCGAAGGAUGUCAUGGAAGUUUGACCAAGCAAGUUAUAAAGAAGUUUGACUUGAGAAGUGAAAGCCAACACCAAACUUAUGGUUUGGGGGUGAAGGAGGUUUGGGAAAUUCAGCCGGAAAAGUUCCACAAAGGCGAAAUUACCCAUUCCAUGGGUUAUCCUUUACCACUGGACACAUAUGGUGGUGGAUGGAUGUAUCAUUUUGGGGAUAACCUCGUCAGUAUCGGACUUGUGGUAGCCUUGGAUUAUCGGAACCCAUGGUUAUCGCCAUAUGGCGAGUUCCAAAAGAUGAAACAACACCCAUUAUAUAAAUCCGUGUUAGAAGGUGGCAAGUGCAUAUCCUACGGUGCGAGAGCCCUUAGUGAGGGUGGGUUUCAAUCUAUUCCCAAAGUCGCUUUCCCUGGUGGUGCAUUAAUUGGAGACUCAGCUGGCUUUGUCAACGUCCCACAAGUCAAAGGCACUCAUAAUGCCAUGCGAACAGGCAUGCUGGCUGCUGAAGCAGCUUGGACUGCAUUGGCUGAAGGCAAUGAAGAGACCGUCUUUUUGUAUAAUUACGAGGAGAAUCUUCGAAAAUCGAGUGUUUGGAAGGAGCUGAAGGAGGUUCGAAAUAUGCGCCCAUCAUUCCAAACAUCCCUUGGAACGUUUGGUGGUGUUAUGUACUCCGGAUUAGAGGCGUUUGUCCUGAAAGGUCGCGUUCCCUGGACUCUGAAGCACAGGCAUACCGACUACGGCGCAACUAAGGACGCCGAUUCUUAUCCGAAAAUCGAAUACCCGAAACCGGACGGAAAGAUUAGCUUUGAUAUUUUGACAAGUGUCUCUCGGACAGGAACAAAUCACGAAGAAGACCAGCCUGUUCAUCUUCAGGUUAAGGAUUGGGAUGCGCAUACGCAAGAAACAUGGCCCAAGUAUAAAGGUCUAGAAAACCGAUUCUGCCCUGCUGGUGUGUAUGAAUAUGUUGAGGAUGAAUCAAAACCCCUUGGUGUGAGGUUCCAGAUUAACGCUCAAAACUGCAUACACUGCAAGACGUGCGACAUCAAGGCACCUCAUCAGGACAUCAACUGGGCCGUACCCCAAGGUGGCGAAGGACCAAAAUACUAUAUGACGUGAAAAAAAGCUAGCUGCAUAAUUUAAAAAGGGAAUGUGGCGUUUCAACCUGGGUUUUGGGUUGGCGUGCUGUGUAAGCCACGGAUUACGGUGGUAUGCUCGAAUUCAACUUCUCGAUAUAUAUAUUACCUCCUAUGAUGGACAGACUGGUAACCAA